CGAGGCUCGAUCGCCGAUGCCCUCUCGCUGUGGGCAUCCUGACGGUCUCAUAUAGCAUCAUCGGUAGUUCAAUCACGAAAGCGGCAAUCAGGCACGCUAUGGAGAAGCAUGCAGGUACCGCAAGCACGACUUCUCUGCGGCGACUUGGCGGCCAUGGUGUCACUCCCACCGCAACUCGACCCAGGUUCGUGAUUGCUAAGGCAAUCGUGAAUGUCAUGACCGUUACGAGUGGCUGCCGCUCACCGGCGAGGGGUAACGGCAGCAGCAAGGAGGCUGUCUGCCUGCCUGCCUUUGUCUCGCUCUACACUGCCGCUUGCUAUCGUAGAUCAGAGCAAGUUCAUCGUACCGGCAUUCUUCCUCUGUGAAUCGUUCGAGCCUUAAGAGCGUUCACCACAUCCAUGCCACGCAUGGCUUCACUUGACCUCACUACAAUCUCACAACAUCUCAAAAGAGACAUCGUCAUCAGCAUCACACCAUCGCGACAUCAAUCGACCAUCUUCUCCUUCUCGCCUCUCCUCGCCCAGGCUUAUCCAACGCAGGUUCUUGGCGCAUCUCGCUCGGCGCACAGCUCCGUUAAGCAUCCCUGGACCGGAAGACACCGGCUUUGAGUGGUGUGAUGGCUCCCAUUUAUGGCGCCAAUGGCGCGAAUGCGGCAGCGUCAGGGUGGAGCUCAUCCUCGAGCUCACCAAAGACCUGGCACGAUCCCACCAGCGGAGAGACGCAUCCGCCUCGCGCUUACAGUCAUCCACACGGGCUGUCCAGCGGUGGCGUAGCCGGGUUGGUGGUCAGCUUGCUCCUUAUACUGGCUCUCGCGGCCAUGCUCGCGCGCUUGUGGAUCGCUCAUCGUCGCCUUCGUUCAGAGUUCAGACGUGCAUCUUUCUCAGUGAGCUCAGUGCAAUGCGCCUCUGAGGCCUCGCACUGGCAUACAAAUCGAGCCCGAGCGCCUCGCAACUCCUUUCUAAAGCCAUUCACCCUUCAGAGACCUCGCGCUUUGUCGAAGAGCAGCACCUUUGCGCCUUUGCGCGGCUCGAGUCUAGACCAAAGCAGUCUCAAAUCACCACGAUCCUUUUCGGAUUCUAGCCGAUAUUCUUUCUCUCCGCAGCAGCACACUCUGCAACAAAUUCACACUGCAUCUUCCAUUCCGGACUCGUGGCUGCUCGCAGAUGAGCGCCUUCCGGUCGGCGCCAUGUCCGUGCACCGCCUGUCUCGCGGCGAGGCUCGAGCUCCAUCAGUCGUCUCAUCCAUCUACGCUGCCAGUCCUAGGCUAUUCAUGACUGCAAGUAGACAAGCAAGCAACUCUAGCAGGACAUCCGCCGCCGUCACCAACUCUCAAGCGCUCGUCGCUGUCGAGCACUACGGACAUAACAGUCGAAGAGCCUCGUUGCAACACUCCGAGACUUGCUUCGAACCUCAAGUAUGGGCCAAUGUGGUGUCGUCUCCUGCAAAUGCACACCUGCCAAACGGCAUAAUUGUCAGAGCGCCCACCUCGCACCAACGGCAUCUCCCUCUUGUGGACGAAGCGACAGCCUCUCCACUGCACCGACUGCAUCCCAACGCCAUCUCCCCAAGGCAGGCAACAGCGAGCACUAUGACGCCGGUUUCAAGCUCAAGAAUGAUGGGCAUGAUGCAGUCUCCCAUCCAGUCAUUGGCUGCCGACGCUCCGGAUUGGCACCACCUUAGCACGCCCCCUGACAGUGUUGGGCUGAGAUUAGCAGCCUUGCCUAGCUCUUCAACAUCGUCUCUGCAUCGACAUGCUCCGUGGAUGAUGUUGCGUCAGGCAUCGGAAGCAGCGAGCUGUGUCAGUCUUCCGCGCA